AUGUGUUGGCCGUCUGUACUUCGCAUCUAUAAGCCAAAGAACGAUCCGACGAAUCAGACACUAAUGGCUGGCAUACCGUUGGCUGUAUUGGAUUCAGUGAUCUGUUGGUGGGUUUUCAGUAGUUUAGUGCAAACCACGCGUACGUUACGGUUGCGACGGAAUGUCAUUAAACUGCAUCUCUAUAAGCAGUUCACCAAUACUUUCAUUUUUGCCGUUUUGGCGUCGAUCGCGUUCAUGAUAUGGCAAAUACAUAACCAUAAACUGACACAAUGUCUGACGGAUUGGAAGGAGUUAUGGGUAGACGAGGCCUAUUGGCACCUCUUGUUCUCAGCGGUUCUCGCAGUGAUUAUGGUGUUGUGGAGGCCCACCGAUAAUAACCUACGAUACGCUUUCACACCACUGCUGGACGCGAGCGAAGACGAGGACGACGACAGAGACCAACAAAUACCUCGCGAGGCGUUCCACGGCAUGAAAAUGCGAAACCACGGCAACCAUCACAUGGAGUCCGGGGAUAAGGAGGCCGUCAUCAGCAGAGAGACUGAGGAUCACCUGAAGUGGAUUGAGGCCAACAUCCCGACGUCGAUGAUAGACAACGCGCUGCCGGCGCUCACAGACUGUCCACACUUUCUAUAAGAUUUUAUAGAUGUUUGAGACUCAUUUUGAAUACAAGAAAGUUUUGCUUUUUAAAAGUAUUUUGAUAUUCCACUGGAUAUAGAGGUGCAAGGUUAUU